AACAUUUCGGACCGGAAGUUCUCCAACCAACACGGAUACGGAACGGAAGCGGAAUGAGCGGGUUUAUGGAGGGUGUUGGUAGAUGUUUAGGUUCUAUUUAGACGUGCGAUUGAUUACUCAUAGGUGUACCUAAUUUUAAUUUAAUGUUGGUGAAACACGUUCACCUAGCUAGUAUGCAAAACCCCGACAAUGUAUUAUACCAGGUCAACUACUGUGGUCCUGACAGCGACGGUGCAGCCCAGGGCGUACUGACGAAAGAAUCUUUGACACUAGUGGACUGUUGCAAAAUCCAAAGGGGGUGCAUUGAGGCUCUACAUGCCCUUAACAUGGGGACUGUGAGGCCGGAAGACUGCCCCCAAACAGAAUCAACAAACAUGACUGUCAAACAAGUGGAGACUAUUGAACCAGUGCAUGAUGCGUUUAUUGUCACAUUUCCACCUGUUGUGGAGGUUGGAGACACGGCCACGUUUGGAGAACACCUAUCCAAUAUUUACAUGGGGGAUUAUGCCUCAGCGUCAAUUGAUUUCAUACAAGAGAUUUCUGAAGAAGUUUCUGAAGCAACAAAGUUAAUAUCUGAUUGUGGCAAGUAUUCUGUUCAGUCAAAUGACUUGGAACCACAACAGGAAGAACAGACUGGAGAGGGCCCUUACUCAGACGGAAAGAUUUCUUCUCAGUCUGUGGCACGGGGAAAUUGUGGACGAGGGAGAGGUUGUCCAAAUGAGCCUCCUGGCACUGGACGAGGAAGAGGUCGUCCAAAUGGGCCUCCCGGCCCUCAUCCGUGCAUGAACUGUCCAAUGACUUUCACUCAGUUGGCACACUUGAGGGCCCACGAGAGAACACACACUGGGGAGAGGCCUUAUGACUGCUCUGAGUGUGGGAAGCGGUUCACUCAGAUAGCUCACCUAAAAGUACACCAGAGAAUCCAUACCGCACUCUUGAUUAUCACUCUUCUGCAUCUCACAAUGGAGGAAAUCUAUGUCAGGCAUGUGGAGUUGCUGGGCUUUGAGAAACGCUUCUUCCCCAGCCAGCACUAUGUCUACAUGCUGAUGGUGAAAUGGAAUGACCUGUCUGAGAAAUUGAUCUAUAGAGGGUAUCCGGAGAUCUACACCUUUCACAAAUCCCUGAAGGAGAUGUUCCCCAUUGAGGCGGGUGACAUCAAUAAGAAAGACAGGAUCAUCCCUGCACUACCAGCGCCAAAGUGGUUGGACAACCAAAAGAGCACAGAGACCAGGCAGAGCACUCUGACUGAAUAUUGCGGUUCUCUUAUCAACCUGCCCCCCAAGAUCUCCCGCAGCCAGCUGGUACGCAGCCUCUUCAAGGUCCGACCGGAGGACGAGAACCCACCCGCUCAACACCCAUUAAAAAGAAAUGAGACCUUUGUGGUGUCCAAUGACAAGACGAGAGACAACACUUCUGAGAUCUCUGGCCCCAUCAUAUUGGAAAGCUACAGGGUGAUUGCUGACUACAGCCACACCUCCAAGUAUGAGAUCACCCUGCAUAUUGGAGACUUGGUGGAGAUUGUGGAGAAAAGCCCAAAUGGUUGGUGGUUCUGCCAGUGUGAUACCAAGCGGGGCUGGGUGCCCGCCUCUUACCUAGAGCCCCUGGAUGGACCAGAGGAGUCGGAAGAAGCCGAUCCCAACUACGCAGGAGAACUCUACAUAACCACCAAAGCCUACAAGGCAGCACAAGAUGAUGAGCUGACUCUUGAGACGGGGGAAACUAUUGAGGUCAUUCACAAGCUCCUGGAUGGAUGGUGGGUGGUCAGGAAAGGAGAGGAGACGGGACACUUCCCCUCAAUGUUUCUCUACAGAACUGGAGAGAAGAAAGAGAUGGUGUCGGAAGAGCAUGUGAUGAGAAGACAGACACCCCCACCCAGACGUUCAACAAUCCGCAAUGCACAAAGUAUUCACAGUAAAGGGCGGCAGCGCAUCAGCCAGGACACGUACCGCAGGAACAGUCGCCGCUUCCUGCAGCAGAAGAGCGGCCGGCCCAAUCAGCCCAGGAAGACGUCCAAGGCCUCCACACAGUCCCCGCUGCAGGACUGGAAUAACAGAGACAACAUCCCAAAGACAGCGGGCUCUAGUCCAGGGGGUGAGCUGAAAGGGGCUCCCAUUAUCCCCCCUCGGCCCAGUCCUGAACUCAUCAUGGAGCGCUGUACAGAGAACACCCGCAAGAAAGUCAGUGUCCGCAAAUCGAGCUAAGCUUUAAACUGUGUGGAUCUGGACUCCUGUCAGCAAUGCAAUCAGAGAUGGGUUAAUGUGCGCAUUACAAGCUAAACAGCCGAUAAAGCCAACCAUGUGUGCCAUAGAGGGCAUUUUACAUUUUGUUCUGAAUGUUACCACUUAGCACCAGCUAACUGCUUAUGGAGAAAGUAAAACAAUAGUGAAAAGUGAAUGUAUGUACAAAAGCAAAGGUGUAUUUGUUUUUCUAGGGUCAUUUUUCUUAUUGUUACUUUUACGUAUGCAAUGUUUUUAAUGUUUUUUGAUCAAGUCUGUGGUUGUUAAAUGUGUUUGACUCAGUAUGCGGUUUUUGGAAUAUAAGAUUAGUUAUUUAUUUGUUGAAUUUAGCCAUUUGUAACCUACAAAAUAAAUAAUAUAUUCAGAAAAUG